AUGAGCACACCAGAUUUUGUUGAUAAUCUACAUGUUGAACAUGUUGGACCUUACAUUAUUGAAAAUUUUGGCUUCUCCUCUUACGGCAUUCGUGGAAAGCAAUACAACACGGGUUAUGAAACCCCCGAAAGUCCCAGUUCCCCCGUAACACCACACAAAGAAUUCAGCUAUUCUAAUAUAUCUGACGAAACGGCAUCCAAAUUAGAAAGAAUUGGCAAGGCAUAUGAUUCUAUUGAGGAUUUUGAGAAAAGAAAGGAUCUUGAGGAUGAUGCAGAAAAUGUGGGAACCAUGGUUGCAAGAAUGAAAUGGUAUAAAGUUUAUAGAUCUAAAUAUGAGAAUAUAAAAGUAUUUGGAUAUUUUUGGAUGAUUCUUAGUGAUAUAAUUAAAAUUCAGGCCAUGUUAAUUAAUCAACGACAACCGAAAGAAAUCAGUGUUUUUAUUGAAGAAGUGUUUAUUAAAGGAUAUCUUGUGUUGGCAUACGAGUGCUGGGGAGAACGGAGGUUUCAUGAAAUCGGAAUGCAACAUUCAAACUUGAAUAUUUAUGAUGAAAUUGAGAAAUCAGAAAUCUUUAUAGAUAUGUAUAAAGAGAUUGCGGCUAUU